AUUUAAACUAGAAUAAAAUGAGUAAGAAUAAGUCAAAGGUGAAGGUGCCGCAAAAGACCUAUCCAACUGGCCCAGACUUCAAAGGAAAGUUCCGCCCAGGAGAAGCUCUUGUGAAGGUCAAAGAAAUCGUUGAUAGCAAACUAGAAGGUGCUUCAUACACUCAGGAUAAGCUCUCUCUUUGGAAUACAGAAAUUUGUAAUGAUAUCAGGCACGAACUCAAAGGGCUCGCGAAAGACAGAUAUAAGUACGUAGUCCAAGCUUGGUGAGGUGAAAACAAGAAUCAAGGAAUUAGGGUAGGCUCAAGAUGCUUGUGGGAUAAAACCUCAGAUGAUGUAUGCUACUACAGCUUCAAAAACGAUAGCAUUGUCUUCCUAGUCGCCAUCUAUGCACUCUAUCUUUAUUAAGACUCAGAAAAUCGAUAUAUUUCAAUA